UCUUCUUGUCAUAUUUCAGUUAAUGGAAGGUGGAGUAACUGGACCCCAUGGUCGACGUGUAGUGCAAGCUGUGGAGCAGGUAGUAUGAAAAGGGUUCGGAAGUGCGAUAAUCCAGAACCUAAGUACAGAGGUAGACCCUGUGGAGGAUCCAAUUAUCAAGUCAAAAAAUGUGUCAAGAUCAAAUGUCAACAGGAUGGAGGCUGGUCACUCUGGAGUUCAUGGAGUCCAUGUCCAGUCACAUGUGGUACAGCAUUUCGUAUCAGAAACAGAGAGUGCAACAGUCCGAAACCACUCUAUGGUGGUAACUACUGUAGAGGACCCAAAACAGAGAAACUUGAAUGUCGAGGGAGAAGACCUUGUCCAGUAUCCAUACACGGAAGCUGGUCAAACUGGAGUGCGUUUGGUAGUUGUAAUACUCGAAGAUGCAGUGGUAUCCGCGGCUUUAAAACUCGCCAUCGAACAUGCACAAAACCUAAACCACGUCAUUACGGCCGUCAGUGUCGUGGUCGAUCGAUAGAGAAACGUGAAUGUUAUAACAAUAUCGACUGUCCAGUGGAUGGAAAAUGGUGUCACUGGUCACAAUGGAUUCGUUGCACAGUUGCGGAGUGUACUUCACCUUUUGCUAUUGAAAGACGAGUGAGAAAGUGUGCAUGUCCGAAACCUCAACACAAAGGCGCUCCAUGUCCUGAAGGUGCCGAUGAAGAAAUACGGAAAUGUGCUGAGCGACCUUAUUGCAGAAAGUUGGUUUCCAGUCAUAAAACAACAACAAUUAGAACAACAGAACUUACUGAACAAUAUCUUAUAGAAUCAACAUUGCAUAACCUAACAACUAUGUGGCCUAAGACUAGCACCGAACAAGUUUCUACUUUGAAUACUUCAUUCAAACCAUAAACAAAAGUGAUCUUUAUUUGAAAAUGGGGUUUCCUAGGAACCAAGGACAAUUCUGAAGAAGAAGUUUUGAUUUUUUUUUCUUUUUGAACUUGGUUUUAAAGGCCUGGCAGUAGCUGUGACAAGCACCAACUUCAGCAGUGUAUAUAGUUAGUAACCAAAACUCAUGAUAUUGCUGUUAGCAAGGAGAUUUAAUUCAAUGUGUUACAGCUUUUCAGUACUUUGCUAUAAGAUAUUUACAUAUUCACAACUGCUAAGAUUGAAACAUGCUCUCCCACAUCCAUUCCAUUCAUUUAAUUAAAGUUUUAGAUUUGCAUGUUUUCAAAUUAAAAAAAAAAAAAGCAACAAGAUAAAACAAAACAAAACAAAACAAACAAAACAGAAUUAUAUACUUUCAUUACUUACCUUCAAAGUAUAUCAAAAUGAAGACCCAUAUACUUGGAUCAUGCUCAGAUUUUGGGGGCUGCAUUUUUCAUAUUGCACAAGGAACUCCAAUGACAUUAGUACUUGCUAUUCAUAGGCAUUUCAUGGUUGACAGUGGACUUCUAUUAUUAUGAUUAUUAUUAUGAUUAUUAUUAUGAUUAUUAUUAUGAUUAUUAUUAUUAUUAUUAUUAUUAUUAUUAUUAUUAUUAUUAUUAUGGCAAGCUGGCAGAAACGUUAGCAUGCCUGUUGAAAUGCUUAGCGGCAUUUCGUCUGUCUUUAUGUUCUGAGUUCAAAUUCCACCGAGGUCAACUUUGCCUUUCGCCCCUUUCAGUGUCGAUAAAUUAAGUACCAGUUAAGCACUGGGGAUCAAUGUAAUUGACUUACCCCCCUCCCCACAAAUUUCAGGCCAUGUGCCUUUAGUAAAAAAAAGUUAUUAUUAUUAUCAUUAUUAUUAUUAUUUUUAUCAUAAUUAUUAUUAUUAUUAUUAUUAUUACUAAGGAAGUGAGCUGGCAGAAUCAUUAGCAUACUGGGCAAAAUGCUAGCAGCAUUUCAUCCAUCUUUACAUUCUGAGUUCAAAUUCCGCCAAUGUCGACUUUGCCUUUCAUCCCUUCAGGGCUGAUAAAAUAAGUACCAGUUGAGUACUGGGGUUGAUGUAAUUGACUAUCCCCCUCCCCCACAAAUUUCAGGCCUUGUACCUAUAGUAGAAAGGAUUAUUAUUAUUAUUAUUAUUAUUAUUACUUUUUUAAAAAUUUUUGUGGGCCAUUGUGGAAAAUACAUGAUGAUAUCUUAUUAUUAUUAUUAUUAUUAUUAUUAUUAUUAUCAUCAAGGUGGUGAGCUGGCAGAAUUGUUAGCAAGCUGGGUGAAAUGCUUAGGGGUAUUUCAUCUGCUGCUACAUUCUGAGUUCAAAUACCACCGAGGUUGACUUUGCCUUUCAUCCUUUUGGGGUCGAUAAAAUAAGUACCAGUUGAACACUGGGGUCGAUGUAAUCGACUCAUCCCUCUCCUCCCCUUAGCUGCCUUUGUGGCAAAAAUUAGAAAAAAUAAUUCUUAUUAUUAUUGUAAUCAUUAUUAUUUUCAUUAUUAUUAUUAUUAUUUUUAUUAUUAUUGUUAUUAUUAUUUAAAAUAACAUAUGAUGUAUAUAAAUAUGUCUCUGAACUUAUAAAGGAAGAUGAUUAUAAUAAAUUGUUGAUACCAAAGAUUAAAUCCCCAUCAAAAAAAUCUUGUGUUUUCAUU